UGAAGAAGGGUCGUGCUUUGAAUUGGAAUAGGGGGUCUAAAGCUCUCCCUUGUAGCAAAUCUGCAAUACGACAAGCCACAUAAACUGGUACAAGAGGCCUCGCUCAAGACUUGUACUGCACGAGCUACUCUCUUGCCUGGUCACAUUAUACUUUUCUGCGUCCAACCACUAUGGAUGUCGUCGUUUGCGCCAGCAUUGCCGCCAUCGAGUGGUUGGUCCUUCUCGUUCUCGGCGGCGUCUUCCAGCUUGGCUACGCUACGCCGAAGACGGCACUAAUCCUUUUCUCGCUUCAAUACGGGCUCAUCAAAUUUUACCGAGUAUUUCUUUACCAUCGUUAUGUUUCCCCGUUUCGACACCUUCCCGGCCCGACCAAUAACCACUUCUUUUUCGGCCAAGCCAUCAACUUCAUCAAGUGCAAGUCACCGCCAGAGUUGUAUCUCAAUUGGAUGAAAGAAUUCCCCGAAGCACCCGUUAUUAGAUAUCUGACAUUCGCAAACACGGAAGUGCUGGUAUGCAACAGUCUAAACGCCUUCAAGGACGUAUUACAAACCAGGUGCUACGCUUUCCACAAGCCGGUAAGAUGGCGACGCAUGAUGGUAGAGAUCACUGGCAAGGGUGUUCUAUCACUGGAGGGCGAGGAGCACCGCCAACACCGGAAGAUGUUGACGGGCGCAUUCUCGACACCUAAUGUCAGGAAGCUCGAUCCCGUCUUUCGAUACAAGACAAAGGAGCUCGGCGACGUCCUUGACAGCGCCAUAGGAACCGGAGACUCUACAGUGAUCGACUGCACAGAGGUUUUCUCCAAAGCAACUCUCGACAUUAUUGGCAUUACCGUACUGGGUGUCGAACUCACCAACUUGAAGUCAAUCAGCACAAAAGACCAGAAGAGGGACAAGGGGAAGCGGUACAAGGCAAAGAAAGACUACACAUUCCAUGAAGCGUAUGAGGUCAUCUUUUCUCAGAGCUUGAUCGGGAAAAUCCUGUUCUUCGCCAAUGCUUUUGUUCCUACCCGAUGGUUGCCCCUGGAGGCUAACCGCGAAUUCGCAUUUGCCACCAAUUGGCUGAGAGAAGUACUCUUGGAACUGAUUCGUGAGCGGCACAAUAAAAUUGAUCAGGCUAGACUGUCGGGCAAGUACGAAAGUGUCAAGAAGGACUCGCGGGAUUUGUUAAGUUACAUUAUCGAAGAGAGUAUGCCCGGAGGGCCUGCCGAGAAUAUCGCAGAAGAAAACUUCUUAGGACACUUGCUUCAAUUUAUGGCGGCCGGCCAUGCAACGAGUGCCGACACGCUCACAUGGAGUCUGUAUACGAUGGCUACAAAUCAAGAGAUCCAGAAACAAGUCCGCGAUGAGAUAGCCGAUCUCGCUAUUAGAAAACCAGACAUGCCCUUUUCGGAUAUAGAUAACCUUCCUUACCUCAACAAUUUUAUCAAGGAGGUUCUUCGUCUAUACGCCCCUUCAACUUCUCAUCACCGCGAGGCAGGUGAAGAUAUGGUUAUCGAUGGUGUAUUCGUCCCCAAGGGGACCACCUUCGACAUCAUACCAGCCAUGCCCAUGCUUAAUCCAGCCAUCUGGGGCGACAACGCAGAGGAAGCGGACCCGACACGAUGGGAUCGCUUGACUCCCGACCAAGCCUCGCCCUUUGCCUUCGAGGCCUUCUCCAAUGGGCCGCGCAUGUGCAUUGGCAAGAUAUACGCCAUGAUGGAAAUCAAAAUCAUCCUCGUCGAGUUAGUUCAGCGGUUCCGCUUCUUCAGCGUCGACAAGCCGUUCACAAUUGAGAAUCCCGGAUUCGCGCUGCGCCCUAACGGGCUAGAGGUUCGGUUGGAAAGAGUUAACGCAUGAUCACUGGCAUAUGAUGUACCUACUUCGUACCUGUUGCAGGUGCCUGAGGAGCCAUUUGCCUUAGAGGCCAUGGCUCCACUAGGCCUGCCAUAUAUUGGCACCCCGCCAUCGUAGCCUGGAAUAAACCAAGCUUUCUUCUAUCCUCCUUCCGUUUGGUUGCAACCCACCCUGCAACAGUGCCUCAUGUGUAGCAAGACGGGGGGAGAGUUUUCGGGCUAUUAAGUACCUGUCUCGUACAUGCGAGGAUGUCACAAUAGGAAACAAGGGACCCUACUACUUGUAUACGAGGUUGGCUUGGAAAAGUAGGUAGGGAGUCAGGGAAGUUAUAGGGAUAGUAAUA